CCUACAAUGCUCAUUAUCACCAUUUGCUGCUAAAUCGUUCAUUCAGCACUGGCCCCUCGGCCCAUGUCUUCCGACUUCUGGGCUGGCUACCUUAGCGGUGCCAUUGGAAUCAUCAUCGGCAAUCCCCUCGAUGUCAUCAAAGUGCGGUUGCAGGCAGGAAGCACUCCAGAUGUCGCCGCCUCAACCACACCCCAGCAACUGAGUCGCUUUGAUAGCGCUACUUCUCUUGUUCGAGGCGCCGCUGCACCAAUACUCGGAUAUGGGGCCCUCAAUGCACUACUCUUUGUGGCUUAUAACCGAUCCUUGAAGUUCUUGGAUAGUUCAAUCAUUGACCCUACAAACCCACAAGGUGUCCCCUUAAGCAAGAUCUGGCUUGCCGGUGCUGCAGGUGGGGUGGCCAGCUGGACUGUGUCAUCUCCGACGGAGUUCAUCAAAUGUAGGGCCCAGCUUGACUCACGACCCGGGGUGUCGUCAUGGACAGUUGCAAAAGACAUUGUCCGAACACGCGGCUGGACGGGCCUUUAUUACGGAGGAGGGGUCACUUGUGCUAGAGAUGCAAUUGGCUAUGGGUUUUACUUUUGGUCUUACGAGUACUGCAAGCGGCUUACGGCCUCUAAUGACGAUGAUGCGACAAUGACUGCUACGAAAGUCUUAUUAUGCGGUGGUAUUGCUGGAAUUGUUACCUGGGCAUCUGUCUUCCCAUUAGAUGUGAUCAAGACAAGACUGCAGGCGAGGACGAUUGAAUUGUCCCCAGAACAUCGCCCCUUGGUGCAGCCCUCAGCCAAGCCAUACACCGCAAGCUCCAUUCAAAUUGCCAAAGAAGCUUAUAUCAAUGAAGGACUCAAAGCUUUCUAUCGUGGCCUAGGAGUUUGUAGUGUGAGGGCCUUCAUAGUCAAUGCUGUUCAGUGGGCGGCAUACGAGUGGCUGAUGAAGUAUUUACAAAAUCCAUAAACGUACAAUGCAACAAUGCCCAAGCAUCUACAAACUACGGAGUACUCCGCAAGG